AUGCAAAAUGACAAACCUGUAUCUAAAGUUGCAUAUCAGGAUUAUGUAACUGAAGGUACACACGAGUAUGCGACGUAUAAUGCUGUUGUCCAAAACCAGAAAACCACAGCUGACGAGGUUGUGUAUCAAGAUCUAAAAGAUUACAAUGAAUACCUGUACCACAAUACCACAGCAGUUGAAGUGGUGUACCACGAUACCGCAGUUGAACUGGUACACCAGAAUUUAGGUGAAUAUCAGGACUAUGUAGCUGAAGAUGUACACGAUUAUGCGACACAUAACUCUGUUGUCCAAAACCAGAAAACUACAGCUGACGAAGUUGUGUACCAGGAUGUAAAAGAUUACAGUGAAUACCUGUACCACAAUACCGCAGCAGUUGAGGUGGUGUACCACGAUGCCGUAGUUAAACAGUUGUAUCACGAUACUGGAGUUAAAGUGGCAUACCAUAAUUCAGACGUUGACAGAAGUAAACGAACUGGAAACCGAAAAGGAAUUGCACAUGCCAUAGUCGGUGGUCAGACUUCUCCAACAUUAAGUCACAAAGACACAGACCGUCACCAGAAAGUGACCAGUUCACCGGACUGUGUCGAAAACAGUGUUCGCGAUUCCGAGAGCCGAGGAAGAGGGAAAGGAAGUGAGUUUCACUUUAGCGAUGAUUACAGUGAAAUUAAUACAUGUAUGCCAAAUGAGAACAAAGACGAAGAACCAAAUUAUUAUCUGCAAAUAAUUGGUUGAAAUCAUCGGGAUGUUUUGCCCAUAGAUGCCUGGUGGCUG